CGCACACCGCACACACACCCACAUGCACAUGGCGGCACCCGCGUCCUCUCGCGGCGCAGGUGCCGCGGCGGGCCGCAGCAGCGGCAGCAGCAGUGCCAGCGGCAGCACCACCACCCGCAGCGCGCCGCUGCGCCCGCCGCCGCCGCCGUCGCCCUCCUUCGCCGACCUGCUCGGCAGCGACCAGUCGCCCGGCACGCUGCAGCGCAUCGUCGAGCGCUCCUUUGCCGCACCGCCGCUGAGACAUAGCACCGCUCUGCAGGCCGGGCCGCCGCCGCGCCAGGCCAGCCCAUCACUCGCUCGUCGCGCCGCGCCGCAGCCGGAUGCGCCGAGCGUGCCCGCCGAGGAGGAAGAGGAGGGCGAGGAGGAAGAAGAGGAAGAGGACGAUGACGACGACGAGCCCACGUCGUCGCCACUGGAUGAUGACGACGACGACGGCUCGGAGGGCGAGCCGGAAGACUUCUCCUGGGCGGCCGGCGGCUUCGACCUCAACGCCAGCAUGCUCGACCUCUUCGGCGCCUCGUCUGCCGCCGCCUUGCAGCCGUCACGUCCGCCCGGCAGCGUGCCCGGCCUCGGUGCGCCCUCGCCGGCCUCGGCCUUUGCGGGCCGCACGCCCGCCGGCGCCACACCGGGCGGCACAGUGGCGCACACGCCCGGCGUGGCGGACAUCGAGGGCGCCAUCGGCCUGCUCACGUCGCUCCUUGGCUGCAUUCCUGCGGCCGCGGCCGCGCCGGAGAGCAGCGGCGCCGGCACAAGCCGCACGCGGCGCGCCACGGCCGCGGGCAAUGUCAUGAGCGGCGGUACAUCGGGCAGCAGUAGCGCCACUCUUGCGGCGCCGUCGACGCCCGUCCAGCAGGCGGCGUCGCCCGGCGGCGGCUUCGUCGUCGAGGCUGCGCCGGACUGGAUGCAGCCGCUCCUGCGCGACCUCGUCACGACAAUCCGCGGCGAGUCGGACAAGCCCAUCUCCUCGGCGGACCUCGUGCUCGUGCUGCAGACGCUGCUCGAGCAGCGGCAGCGGCAGCACGACCUGCACCACGCCAGCAUCUCGUCUGCCAAUGCAAAGUGGCCCUCGUCGGCGCCUGCAGCGGCGCCGUACAAUCCCACGCUCUCGCUGCCCGCGCCGCUGCCCGAGCAGUCUGGAGGCGCAGUGGGUGAGGCGCAAUCUGGCGUUCCGCUCUUCUCCUUCGCCGACUUUCCGUUCGCCGAUGAUGACGAAGAGGAUCCGGACUGGGACCCAGUUCGCGCCGCGUACGCCAACGCCGUGUUGGGUGGCGGCGACGAGCUGCCGGGCCCCGAUGCGCAGGGUCAGGACAUGCUGGCCCAGUUCGGCUCGCUCGGACAGGAGGCGCGGGUGCAGCAGCUCGGCGCGUCUGGCUCAUCUGCAGUGCCGCAUCGCGGCACACCUGCAGGUCCCGCUAGCUCUCCACCGCAGGCGCUGCCGCAUGCCGAGCCGUCCGGCUCCGAGUCGCACAGCCGUCGUCGGGCACCGGCGCCGACGGUCGAUCCCGAUGCCUCGCGCGAGCUGAGCGACGCAGCGUGGGCGACGCUCGUCUCGCGCGCCACCGCGCCAUCCGAGUCCGAGGACGAGCAGCGCGACGGCUCUGCCUCUGCCUCGCCCGCCGCUGGUGCCGCUCGUCCGGCCCGUGGACGCCCUCCGCUUUCGGUCGAGGAGCGCGCCCGGCGGCGCCGCGAGCGCAACCGCAUCUCGGCGGCGCGUGCGCGCGAACGCCGUCUGGCAGAGCGCGAGGACAUGCGCGCGGCCUUGGACUCCAACGGCAUCCGCGUUCCGGAGCGCGUGGCGCCGCCGCGUCCCGCCGUCGACGAUGCCAAGCAGCGCAAGCGCGAGGAGGCGCAGCACGAGGAGCUGCUGCGCCUGCAGGCCGAGAACCGCAUGCUGCGCGCCGAGAUGGAGCGCCUGCGCGACGAGAAUGCGGCGCUGCGCGCCCGCGACAUCGUCACGCGCCAGCGGCUUGUGGAGGAGGAGGACGAGGAGACGUACGACUAUCGCCCUGCGCCUCGCGCAUCGGGCAGCCGUCGAGCCUACGACGCUCCUCCGCCUGUUCCGCCACGCCGGCGCGCCGACGAGUACGCCGCACCUCGCCCGCAGCAGCGGCCGCAUGCCGGCGAUGUCCGCUCGUACUCCUACUCGGACAGCGGCGGCAGCGCGGCAGAGUACGACGACUUGUCGGCACGUCGCGACAAUCGCCUCGCGCCCAGCCACUCAGCACGCCGUCGACGCGGCGACUCGCCGGACUCGGAGCUCGUCGACGAGCUCGACGCGUCGCGUGGCCGACCGGCGCCUCCGCAGAAACGCCGCCGGGCCGUGUCGCCUGUUCACGACUACCAGCCGCCGACGCGCCACAUGCCUCGCCGCGCUCCUGAGCCCUCAUACGCCACGUCGUCGACGUCGCACGACUCGCGCGCCUACUCGCGGUCCGGCCACGGCGACGCGGCGUACCUGCACGGCGCUGCCGAGCCCUGGCGGCGCGGCUAGCCCCCCCAACGAUGUCACCCUUCACAUUCGAUACCUCCACGUCAUUUGAAUGAAUACCCGUUCGUGAG